AUGGUGCGUCAGCUCCACGACGACAUGAUAGCGCAAGUCACGGACAAUGGAGCCGACUCAGAGGUAUUCGCGGUGGCCAACGGAGUGAAACAGGGCUGCGUCCUCACGCCCAUCCUCUACAGUCUUAUGUUCUCUGCCAUGCUGAUGGACGCCUACUGUGACGAACGACCCGGGAUCCGUGUCGCUUACAGGAUGGACGUCCAACUCCUCAAUCAGCAGUGGAUGCGAUUUCAGUCGCGUGUAUCCACAACUACCGUCCAUGAACUCCUUUUCGCCGGCGACUGCGCCCCCAAAAUCAUCCCGGAAGGGGACAAGCAAACGAGCAUGGACCUCUUCGUCGCCGCCUGCGACAACUUCAGCCUAAUCAUCAACAAGGAGAAGACGGUAGUUAUGCAUCAGCCGCCACCCGACGUUGCCUACGUUGCACAUCAACUAGAACGGCGCCAAACUGCAAGCCGUGGACAACUCACCUACCUGGGCAACAUCCGCUACGGCGGCUCUUGUACUCACCACCACUGCACACAAUCCCAGCGCAUCGACAAUCGUCAACCUCAUCACCGCCAACACCGCCCCCGCACAUUCACUCGCCGCAUGGGCCUUUUAGGUCACAUGCGUACCAACGAGAGCGGAAGUCACCACAGUUGCUAA